AUGGACACACAAGCAGGAACAUCUCAGAAGGACAUCUAAUGUUAUCCCUGGAUUCUGAAAUAACCGAUAACGACAGUAGACAGGAUUCUCCAGGAGCUAACCCCAUUACCCCAAUUAUACAUCCAGCUCUAUCAGCUGAUCCCUCUGAUACUGGGAAAUGUUCUCCUGAUCACUCUGAUAUUGGUGCAUCUGUUACAGCUCUGACAGUAAAUACAGUGUUUCCCUGUUCUAUAGAUGCCAAAUGUUUUACACAGAACACAAAGCGUAUUACCAAUCAGCCAGCUAAGGCAGGUGAGAGGCCAUUUCCAUGUUCUGAGUGUAGGAAAUGUUUUGCACAGAAAUCAGCUCUUGUUAUACAUCAGAGAAGUCACACAGGUGAGAAGCCAUAUUCCUGUUCUGAGUGUGGGAAAUGUUUUGCACAUAGCUCACAUUUUGUUAUUCAUCAGCAUGCUCACACAGGUGAGAUGCCAUUUUCCUGUUCUGAGUGUGGGAAAUGUUUUCCACGGAAAUCACAUCUUGUUAAUCAUCAGAGAAGUCACACAGGUGAGAAGCCAUAUUCCUGUUUUGAGUGUAGGAAAUGUUUCACACAUAAAUCAGCUCUUGUUACACAUCAGAGAAGUCAUACAGGUGAGAAGCCGUAUUCCUGUUCUGCGUGUAAGAAAUGUUUUGCACGGAAAUCACAUCUUGUUUUACAUCAGAGAAGUCACACAGGUGAGAAGCCAUAUUCCUGUUCUGAGUGUGGGAAAUGUUUUGCACAGAAAUCAAAUCUUGUCACACAUCAGAGUAGUCACACAGGUGAGAAGCCAUAUUCCUGUUUUGAGUGUAGGAAAUGUUUCACACAGAAAUCAGCUCUUGUUAUACAUCAGAGAAGUCACACAGGUGAGAAGCCAUUUUCCUGUUCUGAGUGUGGGAAAUGUUUUGUACGGAAAUUAAAUCUUGUUUUACAUCAGAGAAGUCACGCAGGUGAGAAGCCAUUUUCCUGUUCUGAGUGUGGGAAAUGUUUUGUACGGAAAUCAAAUCUUGUUUUACAUCAGAGAAGUCACACAGGUGAGAAGCCAUUUUACUGUUCUGAGUGUGGGAAAUGUUUUGCACAGAAAUCACAUCUUGUUUUACAUCAGAGAAGUCACACAGGUGAGAAGCCAUUUUCCUGUUCUGAGUGUGGGAAAUGUUUUGUACGGAAAUCAGAUCUUGUUUUACAUCAGAGAAGUCACACAGGUGAGAAGCCAUUUUCCUGUUCUGAGUGUGGGAAAUGUUUUGUACGGAAAUCAGAUCUUGUUUUACAUCAGAGAAGUCACACAGGUGAGAAGCCAUUUUCCUGUUCUGAGUGUGGGAAAUGUUUUGUACGGAAAUCAGAUCUUGUCACACAUCAGAGAAGUCACACAGGUGAGAAGCCAUAUUCCUGUUUUGAGUGUAGGAAAUGUUUCACACAGAAAUUAGCUCUUGUUAUACAUCAGAGAAGUCACACAGGUGAGAAGCCAUUUUCCUGUUCUGAGUGUGGGAAAUGUUUUGUACGGAAAUCAGAUCUUGUUUUACAUCGGAGAAGUCACACAGGUGAGAAGCCAUUUUCCUGUUCUGAGUGUGGGAAAUGUUUUGUACGGAAAUCAGAUCUUGUCACACAUCAGAGAAGUCACACAGGUGAGAAGCCAUUUUCAUGCUGUGAGAGAAAUAAAUCCGCUCUUGUUGAACAUAUUAGACAUUACCCAAGUACGGAACCAUUUCCAUCUUCUGGAGUAUAAUUAUCACUGUCGUCCAAUGUUCCUCAAGGGUGAAUCCUAUCUCUUAUGCUUUAUAAAAUAUACAUGCUACCACUGGGUGAUAUAAUCAGACGUCAUGGCCUGGUCUACCACUGCUAUGCUGAUUACCUGCUUUUUGCUCCAUGUACUGAGAACCAAAUACCAAUCCUAGCUGAGCGCCAGGGGUGGAUGAUGCCAGUUGGCUGUGACUCAGUCUUUGUGAAACAUAGUAGAAGCUUCCCAACAAAGGACAAGACUACAGCUUUACCAACCAUCUGGAUUUAUGCUUUGGUGUUCAGAAUUGCAAAAUACUGAACAUGUGCUGAAUCUUUGUGUUGUCCUGGUAUGUGGCUGACACAGACAUCAGGUAUCCACCACAUACAAAUCCACAUUCUUCCAUCUGUGGACCAUAGACAGAAUCAAGCACUUCAUUCCCUCAGAAGUUCAUAGACUACUGCAAUGCCAUCUACCUGGGUCACCCAGCAAAAGAAUUACAGAGCUUGCAGCUAGUACAGAAUGCAGCAGCCAAGCUGUUACCUAACCCGCCCGUUCCUGCCACAUAACACCCAUUCUCUACUCCCUUCACCGGCUGCCUGUAAGAUGGAAAAUCUAUUUCAUAAUUGGCUAACUGACCUUCCCAGCACAACAUUACAUGGUCCAAGGUACUAGAAGCAGCUUCUGCGUCCUUACUGCCCUGCUUACUUCUACAUAUGAAGGACUGUUACCAGCAGUACCAAGAAUCUCCUGUCAUUCAUUUAUGGGUUGAACUUUUAGCUUUGCAGUCCUGACCAUGGAACUCACUGCCUUGCACAGUCCAAAAGACCACCACUCUAGAGACCUUCACAAGCAGACUGGUGACUGCUACUCACACUUUUCAUUAAUGUACCUCUAUUUACUUCCUAAAUAAUACAUCCCAAAUGCUUAGGUCUUUUUUCUGCUGUUUAUUUUGUAUCUUGUUCUUUGUGUAAAUGUGAAUGUCUAAUACCAGUUUCCACAAUCUGUAUUGCUGCACGACAAUAUGGCGGCCAUUGGAACGUGUUUUCACUUCUAGUUUGCCUAACUUGUUGCAGACACUCAUCUUGAUAAGGAGUGUUGAGUGUUUUCUGAUACAAGAUCCUAUCCAUAUAUACCCUGUACAUUACCAUGUGCAUUAGAGUCACCCGGGUUCCAUCUGCGGUGGUUUGUUGUAUGUUACAUCUAUAUGGUGCAGAUACUCCCCUGUAUGAUUUCAUAAUAAAAGCUUUUGU